GAGUGCUCAGUGGCUGUUGGGGUUCGGAUCCGACCUUUCAAUGAUCGAGAACGUGCUCUGAAUGCGCAGCUUUGCGUGGAAGUGGAUGGCCCCACGACAAUCUUGCAGACUCCACCUGAGCAAGCGGAAGCAGGCAAGAACAAGGAGCCAAAGAAGUUUACCUUUGACGCAUCGUUCUGGAGUCACGAUGGCUUCGAGACAGACGACAAGGGCUACUGCCACGCCGCAGCCGGCAGCCGGUAUGCUGAUCAGCAGAUGGUCUUUGACACCUUUGGUCGGCGCAUUCUGGACAGCGCGUGGGAAGGCUACCACUGCUGUCUGUUUGCUUAUGGCCAGACCGGCGCUGGCAAGAGCUAUUCGAUGGUGGGAUACGGUGCCAACAAGGGCAUUGUUCCCAUCUCAUGCGAAGAGAUCUUCAAACGGAUUGGCGCCAACACGGACGCAAAUCUGACAUACGAGGUCAUGGUGUCCAUGGUUGAAAUCUACAACGAGCAAGUUCAGGACCUGCUCGUUCCUCCGCGUGAGCGCCCAAAGAAAGGCCUAGAGAUCCGAGAAUCUCAGCAGCUGGGCAUCUACAUAGCUGGCGUGUCAAGGAGACCUGUGGACUCCUACCCCUCCAUUGAGGCUGUGGUCGAGGAGGGCACAGAGAAUCGGACAGUCGGUUCAACUCUGAUGAACGCAACCUCCAGCCGUGCCCACACGGUGCUCACCAUUGAGUUCAAGCAAGUUUCACAGGCCGCUGGUCAACAAGGCCAGAAGCUGUCUCUGAUCAACUUAGUGGACUUGGCUGGCAGCGAGAAAGCCGGACAGACGGGAGCUUCAGGGGACCGCCUGAAAGAAGGCUGCGCCAUCAACAAGUCACUGUCUGCCCUGGGCAAUGUGAUCGAGAAGCUUGCAGAUAAGGCCAUGGGGAAGGCCAAGGCCAAUGCCGUGGUCCCCUACCGCGACUCGAAGCUCACGCGGCUCCUGCAGAACGCUUUGGGCGGUUCAAGCAAGACCGUCAUGAUCUGUGCAAUUUCACCAGCGUCGUCAAACUAUGAAGAGACAUUGUCCACACUGCGCUAUGCCGACCGUGCCAAGCGCAUCAAGAACACGGCGAGCAUCAAUGAGAACCCUCAGGACAAGCUCAUCCGGCAGCUGCGGGAGGAGAACGAGAAACUCAGGAACAUGGUGGGCAGCGGGUCUCCGAAGGAGGGCGAGGGAGAGGACAUGCUGCACAAGCAGGCUGAGAUCGCUGCCCUAGAGCAGGCCCUUAUGGAGAUGCAGAAGAGCUUUGCAGAGCGUCUGUCUGAAGCACAGAAGGCUGGUGCUGCAAAGAAAGAGAAAUCUUCAGACACAAAGCUCCCGCAUAUCGCCAACCUCAACGAGGACCUGCUCCUGACGGCAAAGCUGAAGUUUGCUUUCAAGGAGGGCCGCACCCGUGUUGGCCGCGGCAGCCAAGAGGAUGGCGAAGCAAAUGCGCCGGAAGUCGCCCUGCAGGUUCCCGGCAUCCAUCAGGAGCACGCAAUUGUGGAGAACUCUGGCGGCACAGUGACUUUGAAGGCAACUGAUCCAGAGGCGGCAGCCACAAGCUUCGUGAACGGCACCGCCUUGCAGCCCGGGGUGGCAGUUACCUUGUCACACGGUGACCGCGUGGCUUUUGGACAGUGCAUCUUUGUCUUCGUUGAGCCUAGCAAGGGCAAGGUCACGGAGCUCAUCAACUCGGGCCAAGUCAGUUAUGCUGCUGCACGGAAGGAGCUGCAGCAGGGAGAAGUGACAGGGCCGACUGAAGAAGAGCUCAAGGCCUCGCGGCAGCUGGCGGAGGAAUUGGAGCGGAAGGCUCGAGAGGCAGAAGAGGCCAAGGAGAAGGCCAAGGCAGAAGCAGAUGCCUUGAUGAAGCAGAGAGAAGCUGAGUUCCGCGCGCAGAUGGAGACAAAGCAGAAACAAUGGGAGCAGGAGAUGCAGCAGCGACAAGCUGCGGAAGCCAGCGAGCAGGCCCAGGCUGCUGAGCAGGCACGGCUUCACGCGGAGGAGCUUGCGCGUCUUCAGCAUGAGUUUGAGGAGCGACAGAAGAAGGCAGAGGAGGCUGCUCAACACAAGAUUGAGGAGCUGGAGAAGAAGGCCAAGAAGGCAGCAGCUGAGGAGGAGGGCCAUCGCCAGCACGAGUUGGCAAUGCAAAGGUUGGAGGAGCAGCUGAUGAUGGUCAUGCCUCUGGUGAAGGAGGCGAACCUCAUCAUUCAGGAGCUGCAGAGGCCGCACCGUUUAGAGACGAAGAUGCACUGUGAGCUAACUGCAGAGGGUAAGAGUGGGGCUGUAAACGUGACUGCUGCAGUGAUGCUGAAUGGUGUGCGUCUUUUCGAGUGGAACCCCGAGACACUCGAGAACAGAGUCUUCAUCUUGCGGGAGCUGCUCCAGCGAGCUGAGGAUGAGGGCGUGGAGGCUGUCCAGGACUUGCCCAACGAGGAAGACCCUCUCUGGGAUCCGAUCGAGGUGGAGCGGCUGAUCGGAGUGGCCCAAGUCCUUCUUGAAGGAGUUCUCCUUCAGGUUGAGAACAAGGUCGAUGCGAGGAUUCUCAGCAGUGAGGGCCAAGCUGUUGGCACCCUGAAGGUUGAGAUCAUCCCGAUUGCCAAGGAUGGUUCCAUGGGCAUUCCAGACGAGGAAGUUGUGGAGGAUCCGGAGGAGCUCCUGGGGGCGUGCAUGAAGUUCCUUGUGGCCGUACCGUGUGCGACUGGCCUCCCAGAGGCGCUUGCCAACGACGUGCGGGCAGAAUAUACCUACUUCAUCGAUGAGAAGCCUCAUCAGCUGCCAACAGUGUUUGGGCACAAUUGCAGCCCGGAGUUCAAUUACAACCACACCUUCGUCCAGGACCCAGUCACAUCUCGAUUCCUGGAGUAUCUGCAGUCAAAGCUUGUUUUCCGAGUGUUUGGGCGGGACUCGGCUGCUGCGGGCGCAGCUGAGGAGCUGGUGCGUGCGGCUCCCAAUUCUUGA